AUGUUGGAGGAGUCAGGCAAGUACCGAAAUUUGUGGGCGGAAUCGCAACAAAAGGAGUUCAGUCAAGCGCUCCGAAAUUUCAGCUACGCCAAGCAGAGGUUCAACAGCCUGAGCACGCCGCUAUUCAAGCUGCUGAGCAGCUUGAAAUCAGUAUAUGCUUUCCUGGUACGCCUGGUUUCAGAAGGCGAUCUUGACGACCGUCGGUUUGCAGAGACUUUGUUGACAGAGCUUUCUGGCCGAGAUGCAUUUCAGCACUUGGUAAAUGCUGGUUUGGCGGCCGAUUCGAUGCUGAUUGGCCAACGCUUCCUGCGAUUGGCAGACACUGACAAUGACGAGGCCUGCGUCACAGCGCAGCAGGCAGCGGAAACGAUCCACACAAUGGAGUUCAUGUUUGGCAAGGGUGGCAUCUUCUUGGAGAGCGCAAAAGAUACUGUUACACAAACCGUGAUCCGAACCCUCAAGGAUGUCGGUGUCAUCACUUAUCUUGGUAGCCGAACCACAGGCAGCCGAGGCCCUCGGCCACUGAGAGCGGUAGCUGUGUGGGACGAUGGCGACCUCGAGGAGGAGUCACGAAGAGUGGCUGAGAAGGUAUACAGAAUCUUCAAGGCCUUUUUUGAUUCAAACUUUCCGCGUUAUGAAUACGCCAAUGCCUUUUCUGCCCUCGACCUGCAGAACUCUUUGUCGCUAUGCCAGCGAGCCGAGCUGGUUCAGGCUCUGGCGCGGCAGAACAAACUGGAUGGUGCGAAGAAGCAGCUGAGCGGCAGUGAUGAUGGAGUUGGUGCUGGCGGCCUGCUCGGCCGAGCUUUCUGGCAUUUGAAGCAGCAGCGUCAGGGCUCCAACGAUGCCUGGCUGACGACAUUGCGAGAACUUCGCAAGGAGCAGGCGGCGCUGCGCUUGGAGGCAUGUUGGCUGGUUCAGCACGCUUUGACGUUUCAGACGUCAACGGCGUCAGUGGAGCGUUCCCUUCAUGAAGUGGCUGUCACAGAGCUCAAAAACCGAGCUCACCGAUUGCAAGUUUAUGGUCUCCAGGACGCUGUCAAACUGAACUUGCAAUCUUUACAUGGUCGUGCUGCCAUCAUGUCCGCUGACCGACUUCGGGAUGGCAGGGAUGCUCGUGGCAACUGGAAGCCUUCCAAGUUUGCUUUACAGGCGCAAGCCGUCUACAAAGAGUUUUUCGGUGCACGCGUAACUGAGCACCGAAAAAGCGGAGCUUCGGGAUCGGACAAGCCACGCCUUGCUGGACUUCGUCGCGAGCAUCCGGAAUCUGCGCGGGCCAAGCUGGAGGCGCACUCGAGAUGCAUCUCGUCAACGGUGGCGUCCAUGCAACAGGAAACUUUUCAAGAUACGCCCGCGGCAUCUUCAAGCAGUCGAAGGUUGGAUGAGAUUGUCACUGCUGUCAGCGAGGUAACUGCUGCCAGAAGUGGUGUUUCUUCAGCCGCAUCUUCCCCUUGCCCUCCGAAUCCGCCCGGCAGCAGUAGCAGCAGUGCACUAGUGACACCAGUGGAGACAUGCAAGCAGGACGACAAGAAGGACAAGAAGAAGGCCAAAAAGGACAAAAAGGAAAAACGGAACAAAAAGGACAAGAAAGACAAGAAGCACAAGAAGAAGCACAACAAGCAGAAAAAAGAGAAAACGGACAAGAAGAAUGCGACGGACCCCGCAUCCUCACACAAGAAAUCGCUGGAAGAGAUAGAGGCUGAGCAGGACACGGUUGCAGCGAAGAAGCAGAAGGUGGCGAUGGCCACUCCCUUGGGCGAGAAGGUGCCUCAUGUCGACGUGCGCGGCGGAGUUUUCUUGCAGUCCGCCGACAAGCUGGAGUCGUGCAAGAAGAGUACCGAGCGGGCACCACCGUUGGGCAGCAAGGUCAAGGUGUUGAUGGCGAAUGGCGCCCUGCAUAGUUCCUCCUACUUGUUUUUCACUGCAACCGCCCUAACAAUAGGAAACCCUCCAAGUGUAUUCAACGAAGGACUUUCCUGGCCCGAGAAACCGGCGGCGAGGUUUCAGCAGACCACAGACUGGUGGGAGGCGAAGCUCGUGGUGUUCCCCGAGUUGGCGCCUGGAUUGGAAACGCCUGAGGCACUUGUAGCUCGCAUGCGAGGUAUCCGGAUUGCGGAUAGACAGUGGUUGAUUUCCAAUGGCCUGGAAGGAUCUUCAAUCUCUUUUCAGGCUGCAGCUUACAUGCACUUUCAUGUCUGGUUGACUUCCGAGUUUGAGGCGGCAUGGCCCAGGCACUCAGCUGUGUUGUCCGCCUUCGCUGAGCGAAGCAGUGUCAAGUCCAAGCGAGGCCAUUUACAUGUUUACAAGGGGUCAAUGCCUGAGAAUCCCGAGUUUCCACGUCUUAGCUAUGAAGCUGUGGUGCAAUCAGCCGCCGCAUUGAACCCUCAGCAGCUAACGCUGCAAGGGCUGCUUACGAAGCUCUCUGCCGUGCACAGUGAUUGA